UAGGAAUACGUUCGUGUGUAGGUAUACACGAGCGUGCGCGAGAGAGCGAGUCGCGCGCCACGAGGUCGUGUGUGCCGUCAGUUCUAUUCGUCGUCGCAGUGCGAUACGGUCGAUAGCGUAAACGGGAACGUUUGCUACAGUGGUUCCUCUCCUUCGAGAAUACAACGCGCCCUCCUCUUCCUCCUCCUGUUCCUUCUCUUUAUUCUCCUCUUUAUCCCUCUCUUCUCAUUCCACAUUUUCAAGUGGAGAGCAUACCCAAUACGUAAUAGCACCCUCUCAGAUACACCCACAUACACAUACACCCUCUCGGCGCCAUCGAGAAAAGGGAACGGAGCCGUUCAGCGUCCAUUUCCUAGCGGGAUGUCGCCGGCAAGAGACGUUUCUACGUUCAGAAAGCUUGUGAUCAACAACACGGAAAUAAUCCUGUCAUCUUCUGAUCAUUCCCGUUUCAUCUUAAGAUUCGAUUUAUGGGAAUAGUAGAUCUCAAACGCUUUCUCUCUUGUGAUGCAACAGAAUUUUCAUCUCAGAAGAAUGUACUACUUAUCAACGUAACAAAUCGAAAGAUAAGGCUUAAGUUAUGCUACGACCUUGUGAUGAUCGAAGAAUCUCGUGCGACGAAUAUCAAGAACGAAUAUUAUCGUACGUAGACGAAAGACCGCGCGAGUAACACGUGUUCCAUCUUCGGUUCUUCACACGAUAAGCCACAAAAAAGGUAGAUAUAUGAGCGUACGAUCACGCCCCUCCUCUUAUGACUGGACAAACAGACAACGCUUCGCUCAUAAUCGCUUCGGCAAACGGAAACAGCAAUUCUCGAUUUGAUGCGUGACAUUGAUAAAACGUAACUAUUUCCUUCUCUUUUCCCUUGUGGUAAGAGAAAUCGUUUUAUCGAAGUCAUUUCGAUGAUAAAAAAGAUCGAGAUUCGAGAUUGAAAAUAGCAACAAGUAGGAAGAAAAUCGAGGGGUUGCGAGCUAGGUAUUUCGAUAGUGGCGUUGGUGGUUACGAGUCAACGUGGAAGUUUGUGCAAGUCAGGCGGGAAAGCUCGAAAAUCGAAGGUCAUCGUUGUCAUCGUCGUUGUCGUCGUUGUCGUCGUCAUCGUCGUUGUCGUCGUCAUCGUCGUUGUCGUCGUUAAUAUCGUUGUAUGAGAAGAGAACCGGCUAGUGGUUAUCGAUUGGUCUGCGACUUGAAGAGGAUGCUCCCUUCCGAGUUCUACGUCGCAGUCACGUGCCAAGAGGCGGUGCUGAGGUUCGGAACGAGCGCAUAAGGGGUGCCAAGCGUUGGGAAUAAAGAAACGAAGAGGGUGGAAACUGAAAGCCGGCUUUUCCCGGUACACCGUCGAACCGUUGACGUCGUGGCCGUCGUCGUCGUGGAAAAUCGAUUGGGUGCCGGCGUCAUUGCUGCAACCACUCUCGUCCAAGUGCAAUGACCUCCAAACCGGGAAGGUCCUACAGCGUGAGGUCUCCGCGCGUAGGAGGACCCCUCUCGCAAUCAUUAGCGAUGAUUCCACCGACUAUGCAUGGUCACGAAUUCAACCAACCCUUGUCGAGGGUUGUUAUGGUCCGUAAAACGGAUCAGAGAACCUUCAGUAAGGGUCGGCGAGGUGGGGAACCUCUUUUGGAAACUGUCACCAGGGAAACCGUCGAGUUGUUCAACGGUGGCAGAGCUGAAAGAAAAUACACUUCGGAAACGAGAGACAUCGUCACGCCAAAGUCAAACAGUAUGCCCUCGCUCAGCGUCAGUGGAACGAAAAAGAAGGUGGUCGGCUUUGUCGACCAGCUGUCGCCCGAAAGGUACUCACCUAUGGUGCAGACUUGCAGUCAAGCCAAAUUCCAAUUCCAGUGAAGCGAGAAAGUCGAGGACGGAAUCGGUUAGAUCCAAAUCGCCUUUGACUGCAUCGCCAGCAUCGCCAGGACCAUUGUCGAACUCCUUACACGGCAGUUUUCACGGUAGUUUAGGAAGCGAUGGCAUGUCAUGCAGCAGUGCAAGGUCCUCUUCUGCCUCACCGGAUUCUGCGAGAUAUUCCUCCUCGCAGAUAACAAAGACUGACACGCGUAAACCGUCUGUGCGUAGAUCAGGACCUCCCAAGGAAUUCAUCAAUAUGUGCCUGGAAACACACAAUUACUACCGGGUGCGACACGGUGUACCACCUUUGCGACUUAGCAAACAGUUGUGCAAGACCAGUCAAGAUUGGGCUAAUAUUCUGGCAGCCAAGGGUAGAUUGGAGCAUAGGGCAAAUAUAGAUUACGGAGAGAACCUUUAUUGCAUGUGGAGUUCCAAUCCAAAGACCGUCGUUGGUGGUGACGAGCCUGUAAACGAAUGGUAUGCCGAGGAAGCUUUACAUCAGUAUGGUAAGGAACCUACUACUUUGAAAACCGGUCAUUUUACACAAGUUGUAUGGAGAGACAGUACCGAGUUAGGUGUCGGCAUGGCGAGAAACAGAAACGGAGAGGUCUAUGUAGUAUGUAACUACAAUCCAGCUGGUAACUUCUUAGGCAGCUUUACGGAUAACGUCCUUCCAUCUGGUAGUACUAGUCCGAGUAAAAGGAUAUCCUUUUCAAAGAGUCAAUAUACUCUCGACGAACAGGCCUGGCAACAAGAGGCCUUGUUAGUUCACAAUGAAUACAGAAGGAGGCAUCGUGUACCUGACUUAAGGUUAAGUCCUGAGUUAACGGUAGCUGCAAAGGCAUGGGCCAACACACUAUUGAACACGAAUAAAUUGAUACCACAAUCUUCCUCACCGUAUGGAGAAAACAUAUACUCUAUGCAAUGUUCCGAUCCUAAAUUGGUCGUGUCGGCUCGAGAAGUUGUGUCGAAGUGGUAUUCCGAGAAAAAGGAACAUAAAUUUGGUACGGAACCGAAGAUCCUUAAUACCUGUCACUUCACGCAAAUCAUAUGGAAAAACACGACGGAAAUGGGCAUAGCUAUGGCAAAAAGAGAUGGAACGUGCGUCGUGGUCGCGUGUUAUCAUCCAAGGGGUAAUAUCGUUGGACAGUUCACGGAGAACGUUCCUAAACUUGUAAAGAACGUCUAGUCCGCGCGCGCGCUCGCCGGAUCAACACUUCUGUCGAUAAUGUAUUUAAAGGCUGUAUUUAUACAUCGUGCAUAGAGAUGACAAUACGCAUAAUUAUGUAUAUAACACACGUGUGUGCAUAUACGUAGAAUAAACAUUCCACGUACACUAUUA